AUGAGGCUGCUAGUGAAGGAGAACCCAAGAACAGUGGCACUUGUGUCGAGGACCCAUGUCCUUCUUUUCCGCCAUAUCAAGACAAAGAACAACUUGCAAAGAUGUGUUAUAGAGUUCACCUCCAAAGACGAAGUCAAUUUGAAAUCCUACAAGAAGUUAACUGACAGGGAAAUCCAUGGAUUCAUGGGACUUAUUGAAGUUAAGGGUGACUACUACCUUUGUGCAAUCACGGGUAAAAUCCAAGUUGCUGCUCCAAUACCAGGCGAGACAAUUAACAAGAUCUUUAGUGUUGAUUUCUAUUGUAUUAAUAAGGGAACUUGGGAUGGUGUUGAGCUAGAUCCAAACGGUUAUGCUAUGAUGCCUGAUGUUGAAAGAGGUUAUGAUGAUCAAUUCAGAUCAGGAACCACAAAUGGUGGUAGUGGGGCCAAUGGUGGUGGUGAUGGGAGUGCUCAAAGACAUCCAUGCCAUGAAUUGAAAAAAUUAUUAUCAACAGGUGGUUUUUACUAUAGUUCCAAUUUUGAUUUGACGAGUACUUUACAAAAUAGAGGUAUUGAUUCACACUCCUUAAGUUUUGAUAAUUAUAAUGAUGAGUAUAUGUGGAAUUCAUUCAUGUUGCAAGAGGUUGUUCAAUUUAGAGACCGUUUAGAUACACCAUUGAAAGAAAAACUGGAUGAUGAAGGAUUCUUGACAACUGUUAUUAGAGGAUUUGCUGAAACGUUUGAUGCUUAUUUGAAUAGAACUAAAGUGGCAAUGACUGUGAUAUCGAGACAAAGUUGGAAAAGAGCUGGUACAAGAUUCAACUCUAGAGGUAUUGAUGAUGAAGGAAAUGUUGCAAAUUUUGUCGAAACUGAAUUCAUAUUGUAUUCUGAUAAGCUUUGUUAUUCUUAUAUUGAAAUACGAGGAAGUGUGCCGAUCUUUUGGGAACAAGACACUGCUUUGAUUAAUCCAAAAGUACAAAUCACCAGAUCUGAAGAAGCUACUCAACCGGUUUUUGAUUCUCAUUUUGAUCAUUUGCUUGAGACAUAUGGUGCAGUGAAUAUUGUUAACUUACUAAGUACAAAAUCAUCUGAAAUUCAAUUAUCAAAAAGAUAUAGAAGCCACGUUGAUACAUACACCAAGAAUCACAAUCCAGAGCUUUAUAUGACUGAAUUUGAUUUCCAUAGAGAAACAUCCAAUCAAGGAUAUUCAUCAUCAACAAAGAUUUUCCGUCUAAUCAAAGAAUCAUUAUAUGAGUUUGGUUAUUUCAGUUAUGAUGUUGAAAAGAAGAAAACUCUUAGUGAACAAACCGGUGCAUUCAGAACAAAUUGUUUAGAUUGUCUUGAUAGAACAAAUUUGAUUCAACAAUUUAUUUCAAAUUUUGCAUUAACAAUUUUUCUCAAGGAUCAUAAUUUAGAAGUUUCACAAGAAUCUGAAUUUUACAAUAGACACAAUUCAUUAUGGGCAGAUAAUGGUGAUCAAAUUUCACAAAUUUAUACAGGUACCAAUGCAUUAAAAUCAUCUUUUUCAAGAAGUGGUAAAAUGAGUUUUGCUGGUGCUCUUUCAGAUGCUACUAAAUCUGUUAGCAGAAUGUACAUUAAUAAUUUUGUUGAUAAGGGGAAACAAAUGACAAUUGAUACAUUAUUAGGUAGACUAAGUGGUCAACUGCCAGUUAUGCUAUAUGAUCCUAUAACUGAUUAUGUUAAUGAGAAAUUGAUUGAAAUGAAGCCACAAUUUACAUCAAGUGCAAAUAUUAAUAUAUUUACAGGUACUUUCAAUGUGAAUGCCAGUAACAAGGUUGCAGACUUGUCUUCAUGGUUAUACCCUAUAGGUGAUAAAUUCAAACCAAAUAUUGUUGUGCUAGGGUUUCAAGAAGUUAUUGAAUUGACUGCAGGAUCUAUUUUAAAUGCAGAUUACUCAAAAUCUUCAUUUUGGACAAAGGAAGUUUCAGAAUGCCUAAAUCAAUUUGAUAAAUAUAUCAUGCUUAGAGCUGAGCAAAUGACAUCUCUGUUGUUGUUAUUUUUCGUUAGAGCUGAUAGUGUGAAUAAUGUUAAACAAGUUGAAGGUGGUGUUAAAAAGACAGGUCUUGGUGGUAUCACUGGUAAUAAAGGUGCUGUUGCCAUUCGUUUCAAUUACGGUGCCUCAAGCUUUUGCUUUGUUAAUGCACAUUUAGCUGCUGGUGCAAGUAGUGUUGCAGAAAGAUACAAUGAUUAUUUAUCCAUCUCCAAUGGGAUAAGAUUUUCAAGAGGUGGGAAAAUCGAUAGCAAUGAAACUGUGUUUUGGAUUGGAGAUUUGAACUAUAGAAUUUCUUUGAGUAAUGAAGAAGUUAGAAGACGUAUAUCCAAUGGAGAUCUGGAGUAUUUGUACCAAUUUGAUCAAUUAACUAAGGAAAUUAGUUCUGGUAACGCUUUCAAAGGAUUUUCAGAACCAACUAUUAGUUUUAAUCCAACAUACAAAUUUGAUAAAGGUACAAAUAUAUAUGAUAGUUCUGAAAAGCAAAGAAUUCCUUCCUGGACUGAUAGAAUCAUUUAUAGAGGUGGGAAUACCAAACCUUUAGCUUAUAGUUCUUCAGAAUUGUUGUUCUCUGAUCAUAGACCAGUUUACGCUGCUUACAAGUCCACUGUUGAAUUUGUUGACGAAGACAAGAAAUCAGGAUUAUCAAAAGAUCUUUAUGAAAACUAUAAAGCAAAUCAUGUCCAAGACAGUUCCUUAUCUCUGAUCGAUUUGAAAUAUGAUUCAAAUGAUAAUUCAACUGAUGAUAAAAAGACUGCAAAGAGACAACAAGACUUAUUGAAUUUUUUGGAUGAUGAUUUAGAUUAUAAACCAGCAUUACCAGCAAGAAGAGAAGCAAGUUCACCAAUUUCCAUGGAUAUCUUGACACCAUCAAAGAGAGGUAGUCCAGCACCACCUGACCUACCAGCAAGAAGAACUGCUACUGCUGCCAAAUCUGGUAUACCACCACCACCUGCUCCGCGUGCAAGUACUCCUGUGACUAGACCAUCAUCUAAACCAGAUACUAGAGAUACAACUACAACAAGCACUUCAACUACACCACCACCAGCCCCAACUCCUAGAAAGACAAACACAUUACCACCAGGGUUUUCUGACUCUAUAUUAAUGCCAAAGUCAUCGAGCCCAUCAAGAUCCAAUACACCUUUGAGCAGAGGUCAAACAUCAUCUGGUGCUGUUCCUCCCCCUGAAUCAUUGAAGAAUACCUCGCUUGAUAGUAAAUUACCUACAAGUACUGGUGUGGAUAAUGAUUCCAAAAGUACUGCACCACCACCUCCCCCAAGCAGAAAAGGUACAGGUGUGGCUUCGUUACAAGAAAAUCUUGAUUUGAAUAGCUGGAAACCAUUGACACCUAAAUGA